AUGAGAUGGGCUAUGAUCUUAGAUGCUUCGUUGAGAAAAAAUCCCACCAAACUUGGACAUGCCUUAGAAUUCAUGAGGAACAUUUUUGACAGAAAUCACGCAGAGGUAGCCGCACCUCUGAAACCAAAUGAAGAAUGUUGGUACCUACCAAUUUUCGGGGUGUACCACCCACUCAAACCGGAGAAGAUUCGCAUGGUGUUCGACUCUUCAGCUCGCUUCCAGGACUUGUCUCUGAACAGCGUACUUUUGUCAGGUCCAGACCUUACAAAUAGUCUCAUUGGAGUGUUGAUGCGUUUUAGGAUGGAAGCCGUAGCUGUGACCGCAGAUAUCGAGCAAAUGUUCCACUGCUUUGGUGUCUUAGAGAAACAUAGGAACUUCUUAAGAUUUUUAUGGUACACAGACAACGACCCUACCAAGUCUCUAACAGAGUACCGCAUGACAGUCCAGGUUUUUGGAAACACCCCAUCACCUACUGUAGCUACUUAUGGGUUUCGUCUUGCUGCCAUUCAAGCAGAACAUAGCUUUGGGAAGGAUGUAAGAGAGUUUGUGGAGCGGAACUUUUACGUGGAUGAUGGUCUGGUGUCCCUACCAACAACACAAGAAGCCAUAGAUCUCCUACGACGAACUCAACAGGCCUUACUGACCCAUGGGAACCUUAGAUUACAUAAGAUUGCGUCUAAUGACCCUAGAGUGAUGCAGAGCUUUGAUGUGAAAGACCUAGCAAAGGACUUGAUUGACUUAGAUAUUACACAUGAUGAUCUUCCAACCCAGCGGAGUCUAGGACUCGUGUGGGAUCUUCAGAGGGAUGCCUUUGGGUUUAAACUUAGCAGGAAGGAGAAACCGUACACUAAAAGAGGAGUUUUAUCAUGUGUUAAUAGCCUGUACGACCCUCUAGGCUUCAUAGCGCCUAUUACUAUUCAGGGAAAGUUACUUCUUAGAGAAAUGACACAGGCACCUUCUGUAGACUGGGAUGCUCCCUUACCAGAAGAAUUCCAGAGCAGAUGGGAUGAUUGGACCCUAUCAUUGACUCGUCUUGGAGCAUUGAAUGUACCUCGUAAGUACCUGCCCAUUGGCUUCUCUCAGCUUCAAGAGAAGAACGUACUGAUUUUCACAGAUGCCUCGGAGGUUGCUAUUGCUGCUGUGGCCUACCUGUUUCACAGUCAUGAUGGAGACAUCAAUCUGGGUUUCAUUAUGGGUAAAUCUAAAGUCGCACCCAGACCAGCCACUUCUAUACCACGCUUAGAGUUGUGCGCGGCCGUCCUGGGAGUAGAAAUUGCUACUAUUAUAAGGGAUCAGCUAGACAUCAAUGCAGAUCGUUUCAAAUUCUACACGGACAGCAGGAUCGUUCUGGGUUAUGUGUACAAUCGCACAAAGAGAUUUUUAACCUACGUAAGCAACAGAGUUCAAAGAAUUCUAAGCUUCUCCAAAUCAUCUCAAUGGAACUACAUCCCUACGGACCAGAACCCAGCAGACCAUGGCACUAAAUCUACUAUCGACAGUGCACUGUAUGACUCAUGGCUCAGUGGACCAAUAGAAUGGCUACGCACAGAAGAUACUGUAGAUGGUCCUGCCCCAACAUAUGAUUUGGUAGAUCCAACUAUGGAUAAGGAAAUCAAACAGGACACUUUGGUAUGCAAGGUGGAUGUGUCUACCCCCUUAUCCUGGACUUCACGCUUUGAGAGGUUUUCUUCAUGGAAGAAUCUCGUUAGAGCCAUCAUGUGCCUGAAACGGAUUGUCCAUGCAGUGGCACAUCACAGUAAGGAUAUUAAAGCUACAGAAGAUAGCAGUGCAUUUAGGAAGGCAGAGGAGCUUAUAAUACAUCACGUCCAGUUAGAAGUCUACGAGAAGGAAAUUACUGCACUUAAGAAUGAAAGGCCCCUUCCUAGAAACAGUCCCAUUUUGAGACUAAACCCAUCUUUAGAUGAAGAAGGCAUGGUGCGGGUCGGAGGCCGAUUACAACAUGGUGACUUUGAUUUGGGGGAAAGGAGUCCCAUACUUGUGCCAGGGAGUCAUCAUAUUGCUAAGCUGUUAGCUCUACACUUUCACGAGUUAACACACCAUCAAGGGCGCCAUAUAACAGAGGGAGCAAUCCGCAAUGCAGGUCUAUGGACUACUGGUGCCAAACGUAUUGUGACUUCACUGAUUUACAAGUGUGUGAUUCGUUGCAGAGGGCGUGGGAAACUUCUUACUCAGAAGAUGGCGGACCUUCCUGCGAUAAGGUUGAAACCCUCACCCCCAUUCACUUACGUUGGAGUGGACUGUUUCGGGCCAUGGAGUGUGACAACUAGGCGUACUCGUGGUGGGAGUGCUGACUCUAAGAGAUGGGCAGCUUUUUACCUGUAUGUGCUGUAG